AUGACACAAUUAAGACGCAGUGCAAGAGUUGCCUCAAAAAAACCAGAAAGUGAAACUAAAAUUGAAUCCUUAAAGACUUCAAAAGUAACGAAACCAAAGAAGGAAGUUAAAAAAAAGGAUCUCAAAGAAGUUUCAGCCACCGAAUCAAAGGAAUUGGAAGUCGGUGAUGAAAUCCCAGAUAUUACUUUGCUAAAUCAAGAUGAAGAAUCAAUCUCAUUGAAAGGUGCUGCUUCUAAAAACAAAAUUAUUUUGAUUUUUGCUUAUCCAAAAGCUAGUACUCCAGGUUGUACAAGACAAGCAUGUGGGUUCCGUAAUAAUUUCAAUGAUUUAAAAGAAAAAGCAUUGAUCUUAGGUCUAAGUGCUGAUUCCCCAAAAGCUCAAAAAAAUUUCCAAUCGAAACAAGGUUUACAAUAUGAUUUAUUGAGUGACCCAAAAAAGGAAUUGAUUGGUGUUUUAGGUGCAAAGAAAUCACCAUCAGGUAUUAAAAGAUCACAUUGGAUUUUCAAAGAUGGUAAAUUAGCCGUCAAAAGGGUUCAAAUUAGUCCUGAAGUCAGUAUUGAAGAUGGUGAAAAAGAAGUUAUUGAGUUGUCAAAGUGA